ACAGACGUGUUCCGAAUGGGUCCAUGUGCUCCACUCACGUGUAUGAGUGCCAGCAGGCAGCCAUUCAUGUCUAUGCCUAUCUGUAAGCAGCACCUACCCUUGAAUGGCUGUGCCAGACUGUAUGUCAGUAUUCAUUGCCCUGUCUAUAGGGGGCGGUAUGCAGCACCUACCCUUGAAUGGCUGUGCCAGGCUGUAUGUCAGGGGCAGUAUGCAGCACCUACUCGCAGCCUGGCACAGCCAAUCAUAAGUCCGUACUCAUAGCCCUGUCUAUAGGGGGCGGUAUGCAGCACCUACCCUUGAAUGGCUGUAUGCCAGUACUUGCAUAGAUCUGAGUAGGUGCUGCAUACCGCCCCCUACAGAAAGGGCUACGAGUACU